AAAGACUAAGCCGUGAAGAAGAUAGGGAGGAACUUGAGAUUGGAUGCAUUGGAUCAGAUUCCAGUGAGUUCGAGUGGAAUGACGAAACUGCUCGUCGUAGAGGAUGGUUUGCAGAGGAUGAUCAAGGCGGCCCGAGGUCGAUAUCCAAAAGACAAGUCUGUGAAGAAGAUACGGAGGAACUUGAGAUUGGAUGCAUUGAAUCAGAUUCCAGCGAGUUCGAGUGGAAUGACGAAACUGCUCGUCGUAGAGGAUCGGUUGGAGAGGAUGAUCAAGGCGGCCCGAGGUUUACAUCCAAAAGACAAAGCCGUGAAGAAGCUAGGGAGGAACUUGAGAUUGGAUGCAAUGAAUCAAAUUCCCGUGAGUUCAAAAGGUUUGACGAAGCUGCUCGCCGUAGAGGAUCGGUUGGAGAAGAUGAUCAAGGCGGCCCCAAAAGACAAAGCUGUAAAGAAGCUAGGGAGGAACUUGAGAUUGGAUGCAAUGAAUCAAAUUCCCGUGAGUUCAAAAGGUUUGACGAAGCUGCUCGCCGUAGAGGAUCGGUUGGAGAAGAUGAUCAAGGCGGCCCCAAAAGACAAAGCUGUAAAGAAGCUAGGGAGGAACUUGAGAUUGGAUGCAAUGAAUCAAAUUCCCGUGAGUUCAAAAGGUUUGACGAAGCUGCUCGCCGUAGAGGAUUCGUUGGAGAAGAUGAUCAAGGCGGCCCCAAAAGACUAAGGUGUAAAGAAGCUAGGGAGGAACUUGAGAUUGGAUGCAAUGAAUCAAAUUCCCGUGAGUUCAAAAGGUUUGACGAAGCUGCUCGCCGUAGAGGAUUCG